AAAAUGAAACGCCGGGACGCUGUUGCCAUAACAACGCAAACAGUGAGCAUAAACUUUCUGUCAUCAACAGCACCGAUAUUUCUGAAGGAGAAGCCGAAACGAAGAAGUUGGUGGUUUUAGUUUGUAGCUUUAUCAUUUUCGUAGUAAGACACAAUGAUUCCACCGGCCGAGUCUCUCCUGAAAUACGAUAACCCAGUUUUGGUCAGCAAAAGCACAGAUAAAAAAUCACCAAAGGGACGCCCUUUGAGAGUGAGCCCUCAGCAGCCUGCUGACUCUUCCCCUGUGCCACCACCUCCUAAACCAAAAUCUGCCACAACAGAGGCCACCAAGCAGCAAAAUGAGGAGAUCCUCAACGCCAUCCUUCCACCCAGGGAAUGGACGGAGGGAUACCAGCUGUGGGUGCAGCAAGUGUCCAGUGCCCCUUGUACACGGACAGAUGUGGUGCGCCUCGAGGAACUACUGGACAUGAAGAUGCAGCAAAGGCAAGCCAGAGAAACAGGCAUCUGCCCCGUCCGCAGGGAGCUAUAUUCCCAGUGCUUUGAUGAGCUGAUCAGACAGGUAACCAUCAAUUGUGCUGAGAGGGGUCUGCUGCUGCUGCGGGUUAGAGAUGAAAUUCUAAUGACCAUUGCUGCCUACCAGACACUGUAUGAGAGCAGCGUGGCUUUUGGCAUGAGGAAGGCACUGCAGGCUGAGCAGGGCAAGACUGACAUGGAGAAAAGAAUUUCUGAGCUGGAGAAUGAGAAACAAGACCUAAGGAAGCAACUGAACGAACAAAAAGCUAAAUGUGAUGCAGUUGAAAAGAGGGAAAGCGAAAAGCGUCAGGUGGAGGAAAAGAAGCACACAGAGGAGAUUCAGUUCCUGAAGAGAACCAACCAGCAGCUCAAGACCCAACUGGAAGGGAUCAUUACACCAAAGAAGUAACUUGGACAAGCAAGAACUGAGUUGCCAUUUCCCAGUGCAGAACAUCACUAAAUUUGUCUUUUUGCUUGUUCUUUUAAUUAUAUCAAUUAAUGU